AUGCUCUCGCGUGUCCCCCGCGUGGCGCUGCUCCGUAGCGCGGCCGCGCGCCGCACGUGCGCACGUCGUUCGCGCCUGAUCCAGGCGGUCUUUUUCUCGACGGAGGAGACGCCCAAGUUGCCAACGACUGCAGAGGAAGAGCUGGCGCUCACGCCCAAGGUGCAGACUGUGCUGGACCAGAUCCUGGCGCUCAAUAUGAUUGAGAUUGCAGAGCUCUCCCACGCGAUCCAGACCAAGUUUGGCAUUGCAGAGUCUGCGUUCCAGGUCGGCAUGGGUGGUAGCGCUUCCGGUGGUGCGGCCCCUGCUGCAGAUGAGCCGAAGGAGGAGAAGACUGCGUUUGAUGUGAAGCUGGCCAGUUUUGAUGCGAAGAGCAAGAUUAAGGUUAUCAAGGAAGUACGUGCGAUCACGGGUCUGGGUCUGAAGGAAGCCAAGGAGCUCGUAGAGGGUGCCCCGAGUACAGUAAAGAAAGACGUAAAGAAGGAGGAGGCCGACGAACUUGUGGAGAAGCUCAAGGCAGUGGGUGCAGUUGUGGAACUGGAAUAG